GGCUGACUCUGCUGACAUGGAGCUUCUUGUCCUUAUUUGUCCCAAGUGAAUUCUUUGCUACAAAAGUAGCUUAGAGUCUGACUGUGAGUAUGGGACACAGAAAAAAAGCCCCACCUUUUAUUUUUUGUUUAGUGCAGGGAAGCAAUAAUUCAACACAAAUAGACUAGCAUUCUGCUGCUUACCUGGCCCUGGGACCCUUCCCCAGUAGGACUGGUUUGUGCUUGUUUGCUAUUUAAAAGUGAUUUUUUUUUUUUUCCUCUUCAGUUGCUGUCUAGUUGGUGGUGGAAAGAUCUGUACCAUAGCGGAGCUUUUCCAACUUCUAUUGUGUAUCAGAGCUACUUAAUCAGAAGAACUCAGAUUGAGCAAAGCUGUGUUCUUCACACUGGCACAACCCUCAGUCACUGAAGUUCCCAGGCCCUGAUGAACCAGGGGGGUUGUGUUGAUCCCAGUCAGGCAGCUGAUCCCCACAAUGUGUGCACAGAGCUGUGCAGCAGCUGAUUUGAGGAAGUACAAAAAACAGUGAGGGGAUGUUCUCUCAGCUCCAUGAGCCUUCUUGUUGGCUUUCACCAUCUGUUGGCCUAGGUGCAAACAGAGGAGAGGGAGCAAAAAGCCUAAACACGACCAGUCAUUUGUUGUUUUCUGGGAAAAAAAUUCAGAACACCCAAGAUGUACAAUUCCAGAAUGUGCUCGGUUACAAUAUAUCCUGGUUAGCAAAAAAAAAAAAUAAAAAAAUCAGUGAGAAUUUAAUUGGGAGGGGGGAAAUUACACCUAUAAAAUCAAAUUACUCUCAUGAAGCUUAACAGUCAGUGUGCAGCCCUUGCAAAUUGUUGUCCAACUAUGCUCCAGUCAAUGGUAGGGCCAUCACAGGUGAGAACAACAUACUGGGCGUUUGGGUAGGUCCAUGAUGAAAUGUCUAUUACUAGAAGGGAAGCAAUGGUAAAAAUUGUAAGUUAUCAUCACCUCCAGCUGCACUGUCGAGGUGCCUGGAGAAGAAUGUAUGGGUCAUCCCAUCACUUCUUUUGGUGGAUGUGGCAGAGUUAGGUUUGCGAUUAGAUUUGACCUUCAAGAUUAUCUUUUCCAACCGAAAGGAAAUGAUAUGAAUCUAAAAUUUGCUGUUUGAUUUGGUCACUUGAAUUAACUCAUAUUUUUACAGCCCAGACAUGCUGCAGCUAUUUAGGACUCCUUAAUUGCAUUCUGAUUACCUUCAUGUGCACAAGUAGUUGAGCAAGAGUUGCAUUCAUCAAAUAACCAAGGAGUUACAUGUUUGCUUAUGGACCAGGAGUUUUUGCUGUGACACUUCUUGCUCACAGGUGUAUUUAUAGAACACAGCCAAGCAGAUGGUUCAUUUCCUGACUGUGCUGUUGCUACAGCCAGGGCUGAUUUACACAGAUAUGCAUAAGCAGGGUUAAAAUACUACCAUAAUGCCUUGUCCCUAGCUUGUAUUUUACAAAGCAGCAGGCUGUGCCUGUGGCUGUAGCAUGAUUACUUGAAGAACAUAAGGGUCAGUGCUGAUGGGUAUUGCAGUGGUUGCCUGUAAGCAGGAACAGUGAAUCUUUCCCAAUCCCCAAUAGUGCUUUUUGUGUAUUUUUCAUUUGCCAGGUAGCUUGGCUCUAAUUUUGCUGCACAGAUAUUCUUGGAGCAGGGACACCUUUGCAGAUUACCUGUAUGGAAGGAGCAGAGGCUCUAGGCAGGGUGGAGGGCUGGUGAGGUAGAACACUGUGUAAGCAGCUAGGCUGGCUUGGUAAGGCACAGCUUAGUCACUUCCUUUGGGAAGCAUGUAGGAUGCACCUACCUCGUGCGUGGGAGCCCUGCCUGAGCCUCCUAAUGUUGGAGCAAAAUGUUGAGGUGCCAUCUGGUUACUAGGAAUGGACCUUCUUGCAGGCUGGGUUUGCUGGUCUGGCCUGGUCAUGGUAGGCAUAGCAGUGAACCUGGGCUCUGUGCUGUCCGUGAAGACCCCGAGAAAGAGUUAGACCUGCUGUGGGAGAUGAAACCAGAUGCAGCAAACAGUUCUCAGGAUGUUCCCAUCUCACAGCUGCUCCUGAACCUCCUCCCAGUAGUCACUUGGAUAUAGGUGGAGAACCUCAGCCUACUUUCAGCACGUCCCUGUGCUGCUGGGAAGCCAGACUUUGGAGAACAUUGCCAUCGCCUCCUUGCUCUUUUAUGGAUGUAACACUGUGUGUUCUUUGUCAUGAGGCUGGAGCUGUCCUUCAUCAGCUUUAAAGAAGAAUGUCCCUGCUUGUCUGACGAGGUGCUGUGGCUUGUCCCUCAGAUUCCCCAGCUCGACAAGUCCUUACUCAUCCACUUGUUUGGAGGACGGAUUUCAUGAGACCCCCUCCAAGCUGCAUGAGGAUAUUUCUUGGCUUGUGAAGGCAGGAGAGUAAGAGCUCCAGGUGACAGGGCUCCCGGGGGUGUGCCUGAGCAGGGCUGGGUGCUCCACUCCUAUAGCAGAGCCCAGAGGCACCUGUACAAGACUGAGGCGUGUCGGAAAACCUGAUGCCUCACCUCUGCCAAUGUGGAGGCGGAGGGAGGAGGGCCAAAAGACAUGUCCCUUCAUGCUCGCAACAGCUGAAACAGAGAAGGAAACUCGCUGGAGCCUUUUUUACCAGCGCAGGAGGCCUCACAGUCGUGCUCUCACCCCAGAGACCCUCCCGUACUCCAGUACUCUGGGGGGGUGGCACUCCCACACCCGUCGGGCGAUGAACAUCGCAAGGAGAAGAGGCUUUUACAGACAGGAGGUGAACAACACCCUCUGGGAGCUGCCCAGGAGAUACACGUCCCUCCACCCGCUGGGGUCUGGAGCCUACGGCUCGGUGUGUUCAGCCAUAGACAAGAAGACAGGGGAGAAAGUGGCUAUCAAGAAGCUCUGCCGCCCAUUCCAGUCAGAGAUCUUUGCCAAGAGAGCAUACAGAGAGCUGAUGCUGUUGAAGCACAUGCAACAUGAGAACGUCAUUGGGCUGCUUGAUGUCUUUACCUCCACUGCCUCCUACCAGGGGUUCCAGGACUUCUACCUGGUGAUGCCAUACAUGCGGACAGAUUUACAAAAGAUCAUGGGACAUGAAUUCAGUGAUGAAAAGAUCCAGUACCUGAUCUACCAAAUGCUGAAAGGGUUGAAGGACCUGAAGCCAAGUAACCUGGCUGUGAACGAAGACUGUCAGCUAAAGAUUUUGGAUUUUGGCUUGGCCAGACAUGCUGAUGCUGAAAUGACUGGCUAUGUGGUUACACGAUGGUACAGAGCCCCAGAAGUCAUCCUGAACUGGAUGCAUUACAACCAGACAGUGGAUAUCUGGUCUAUUGGCUGUAUCAUGGCAGAAAUGCUGACUGGGAAAACGCUGUUUAAAGGCAAAGACUACCUGGAUCAACUGACUCAGAUCCUGAAAGUAACGGGGCAUCCAGGAGAGGACUUCUUGGAGAAGUUGGAGGAUAAAGCGGCUAAGAGUUAUAUCAAGUCCCUUCCUAAAAUCCCCAAGAAAGAUUUGUCUGUGCUUUUCCCUAAAGCAAAUCCUCAGGCUGUGGACCUGCUUGACAAGAUGUUGCAGCUUGAUGUGGAAAAGCGCCUUACAGCCACAGAGGCAUUGGCUCACCCCUUUUUUGACCAGUUCCGAGAUGUCGAGGAGGAGACAGAAGCACAACAGUCCUAUGAUGAUUCUCUGGAACAUGAAAAGCUUUCAAUAGAUGAGUGGAAAAAGCAUAUUUACAAGGAGAUCUUGUCCUUCAGUCCCAUUGCACGGAAGGAUUCCAAGAAGCAAAGUGGGAUGUCAUUAUAGUGACUGAUGCAGCUGUGGCUGGGAUUCACUUCUCCUCGACGACAGAUGGGAUUUAUUCCACACUGCCUUGCUGGUGGCUAUCGUUUGGCCUGUGGGACUUCUCUGUGUGCCAACACAAGGAUGGCACUAUGCUGUGGGUAUUGAACUUUGUUCUACCAAAAGAGAAGCACUCCAGACAGUUUUCAACAUAAAAGAUAAAUAUAUUCUUGUUGAAACUUUAAGUGGGAGAAUUUUACCUGGUGGGUUUUUUUGUUUGUUUGGGUUUUUUACCACUGUAUUUGUCCACUUGAGAGAGAAGGGGGUUCAUUCUUUCUCAUUAGUCUUUUCAAGCACAGGGUUUAGUACAUUAAUUAUGGAUAAGGUAAAGAAAAAGGUAAAACUGACUGGGAAGUGAGUCCCAAGCAAAAUGAUCAGAAAGAGUGACACUCAGCAGAACAAAACUUUAUCCAAUCUAACUCUGAUUGUGUCCUCCUUCCCUGAGCAGUUACACAGCAUCCAGCAUAGCAAGGCUGCUGGGAUAGUGUCAGCUCCAGGCUGCCAUGGGAAUACAGUUGAUCAUAGGAUCAGUCUGUGUUCAGAGCAGCUCCAAACUCAUCCUAUACACAUAACUCUGCUCAGGAUCUUCCCCUCUGGAGAGCCACUGCUGCUUCCUCUUCCCUUUCCCCUUCCUGCCCCCCCCCCCCCCCCUUUUUUAUUCCCUGGGUUUUGAUCAGUGCUGUCUCCUCACCGCUAGUUGCAAGCAUAGCCUGGGAAUUCAAAGCUGCUUCUCCUACUGAUAGACUGGGUAUCCCAAGGAGCUGUACAACUUAGUUUGAAUAUGAGUCUGCAGGAAGUUUUCCAGCCUAUGCUGAAACUGGUGUAUCUGCAGGUCCAUGGCUUAUUGAUACAGUCAUUAGAUAGUUCAGUGCUAGGCAGGUACAUCUACUGGUUGUGGAUAACCCGUUUGGACUGCAACACCUUCUUCCCUAUGAUGAUCAGUCAGGUUCAGCCAGUCAUUCCAAAGUCCAUCCCAAGGGAUUUGUGCCUAGAGACAAGUGUCUUCUCUGUAUCAGAGCUCACAGCACAUAGUCCCCAGGGCUAGAGAAAAGUAUUUGUUGAGAGGGCAUGUGAACUCAGUAAUACAUGCAGUGUUUCUCAAAUCUCCCCCUCUUCUGUAGCUGCUGAGUUAUUUUGGUUUGGUUCAGCAAUGUUGCUUUCAGUACUCUCUAAUUUUCUUCAGUAAUGUUCAGUUUUGCUGUACAGACCUCAAGGAAGGGAAAACUGCAACAUUACCAGAAUUUUCUGAUCUCUCUUCAGUGGGAACCAGACACAGUGUUGUUGUGUUUCUUGGCAGUCUCUCUAUUGCAGCUCAUGCCAUGAAGCACUUGGGAUAACCCUUCAGCGCCUGCUGCUUUUUGAUAGGACAGUACUGAUGUUAUCCUGCUGUAGCUGCACAGAUGGUCCAUGCUGAUGAGACGCAGUUUCUCUUGCCUCAUAUCUCUCUGGAUCACGUAUAAGCCCUUUGCCUCACUUGUCUCUUAAGUAGGGACUUCUUGCUAAGUGUGAGAUGACCUGCGUUUUCCUUGAAUGGCGAAAGGGAGAAGUUCUAGCUGCACAUGUCAAACAGCAGCUGGAAUAUAGUCCUUUUGAACCUGGCAUCUGACUUGGCUGCCAUGUGCCCUGCGUAAUCUUGAACAGAAGUUGGGGAGAAUGUCUCGGCAGCUGCCAUUAACAUCUUGGAAAGCUGCAGAUGUUUAAAGCUACCUCUGCCAUGGUAAAAUGAGGCUUGGUGGUUUCAGAGGAGGGUCAUUGUCCAGGUGAGUGUUUGUGAAUGCACGGGGAGAUGUUUCAGGGCUGUAGGUGAGGCAGGCUGACCUCCUGACUAUAUGCAACCCUGGACAUAGAGAGGCAGGGAAGACUCUUAAAAGCUCAUUCUUGUAGAGGAAUUUGAGUAAAUCUAUGGAGAUCUUCAGAGUACAGAGCUUUCUUUCAGAAAGUCAUCUGUUAAGGCAAAGAACCCAUUCAGACAGAACUCCUAAACCACUGUAAAUGGGAAUUCAGGGUGUAACUUAAUCUUCUUGCCCUUCUCCAAAAGGGAAUAGGUAGACCUGAAGAGCUGUCUGGCUCUUUGUAAUGACGGCUGAGAGAGAAAACAUCUUCAUAAUGAAGGAAUGUACUGAGCAGUCUACUGGUAGUUGAAGAGGAACUGGCAUAGUUUUAAAGAAUAACCUAAGAUGCCCUUUGGGAAUUGUCUGUCUGACCAGAGGACAAACAUGAAGAGGCACUGGGGACUUCUGAUACAAAUGGGUGUGAGAAGAACAAUUUUGAACACAACCAAGGAGGGUACAUAGAUUACUGAGAGCAAGCAUUAUUCUCACUUGUUUCAGGGAUAGCAUGUACAGUCUCUUUGGUAUCAGUCUUUCUGCUGAGUAUGCAUCCAGAAAAUAAUUUGUGUUUCAGGGACUGGGGUUCUCUGUCAGUUUUCUCUUUUGAAAGCUUACACUGAAUGCUCUGAAAUUGCAAGAGCAAUCUCAACAGCUGGUGUGUGAGCUCCAUGCUCUGGUUUCAUCCAUUCACCCACCAACCCCAUACAGUGACAGCUCACUGUCCAAGAGCCAAAUACUAUUUCUUCUGGUAUAUAUAUCCCAACAAAUUCAGGGAGCUGGUGCUCUGCAAGCUCAGGAACCCUGGAAGUGUAUGUGUAUUUGGUUUUUGUGGUAUGUACCAGCCAGGAACUCAAAAUAGAGAGCAGGAAAUGUAGCAGGUCGGCAGCAGAAAGACCAUGUCUGUCUGUGAAGACAAACUGUUCCAGUGCUUGUGUGGCAUCUGAGGACAUGUUUCAAUGAAGAGAAUGAGCUACUAGAAGGGGAUGGGGGGAAAAUCACAUUGACAUUUCAUGAAAGGAGCUUGAAAAACACCUGCUUAAGAGAGUCAGUGACUCAGGCCAGGAUUGAAGUACUUCAAAAUCAGCACAAGAAACGAGAGGGUGUGUGUGACCCUGACAGACACUGUUAAUCAAAGAAGGAAUUCUCUUAUGUGGAGGUGCAGGUGGUGCCUGUUGAUGACCAACAGGUAAUGGACAUAUUCCUUUCAUUAUGUUUUUUUUUUUUUGCCCUUACAUAGUUUGCAUACUUAAAAAUACAAAAUCAAGUGAUAAAAAUCACUCAGCCCUAAAGUGAUCCAAAAUUCCAUAAAUUAGGCCAGCCACAAAUAUGUUUGCUGUUUAUAUUAAGGAUGUAUGAUGAAAAUUUACGUGGAUAUAUGGAUAGAAUUUUUGUGCCUGUCUCACAUAACAUACCAAUGUUUAACUUGAAAUACUACUUACUUGCUAUCCUUACAUUCAUGUAAUUUUUUUAAAUUUGGAAAGUGAAGCCUUUAUAAACAAUCCUUCUCUGCAAGUUUUUUUUGAUAGCUAAUUAGGUCUGUGAAGUUGGAACUUUACGGGACCUAUUUAUUAGGUACUUGCACAUGUAAGUGGGAAAGAAAAAGCAGAUGAAGCAAUGAUUAUUUUCUUAAGAGACACUGCAAAAUUACAAGGAUUUUUUAAGAGAGACAAUAGUUGCUGUGUUUUGGAUACUACCUAGAAACCUUUCGGUGCACAGUUUUGAAAAUUUCUCCAGCCUCUCAGAAAACUGUACUUAUUUUAUCCUGUAGGAAAAAGAAAAAUAAUAUGUUUUCAUAUAUAAUAUUUUCAUAUUCUAGGUAGCAAACUAAACAAAUAAUUUUCAUGUUUUCAUUUAUGGGAUAAUGAGAAAGAAGAAGAACAUGGACAAAUAUAAACACAUCUGAGAACUCUAGUGAGAUGCUGUACAAAAGAUGUUAAUACCUUUUCAUAUUCCCAUGUCUCACUGUUGCCUGAGCAACCAGGGAAAGCAUUCCUAAUCCUCUGCAUUUUCCUGUAUCAUGGGUCAGCAGAGUGUUGGCUGGAAACGUGAUUAUGGCUAUUUUUCUUUUUGCAACUAAGAGAAACAAGACAUGAAGGAUUGAAUGAAGACCACAAUAGCCAGUACUAAUUUGUUUUUCCCCCAAACAGAUGUACACUCGCUGCACCUUAUCAUAGAAUCAUUCAGGUCAGAAAAGACCAGUAAGGUCAUUAAGUCCAGCUGUACACUGUGAAAAUGCUGGAGUUUCCAGGUGAAUGUGUUUUACAGAAUGUUUCACCUGAUUUCUCUCUACAAGGCCAUUUUCUGAGCACGAGUUUAUACAGCUUUUAGUAUGAUAUUCAGCUGGUGCUGGUUCACAGCUGAUUCAGUCAGCUUUUUGGCUGACUGAUAACUCCUUUUUUGCUGGAUUGCACUCCAUUAAAUAAUACUGAAGGGUUAGUAUAUUAUAUCUUCAAUGCUCAUUGAAUUUCUGUUAAAUGAAAGUCAGUUAACUUUUUUUAGCUAAGCUUGGCUGGAAAAAUAAAAAUUCUCCUACCAUAAACCAUGUCUUGAGAACACUUCAACUGAAAAAAAAAUGUCUUAAAACUGUAGGAUGUUGAGGGGGGAAAAAAAAUAACACCACUGAAGAGAUAGUGCUGGGUGCUUGUGUCACCUUUCUGAUGUUAGUGAGGCUGAGAGGGUUAUAUAUACUCCACACAAAACAAGGGUCUUAGGAAGUGCAGUUGAGCACUUGCAAAUCCAGCUGAAAUAAAUGGCAGCUGAGGACUGUCACUUUUGACAUAUCAGGCUUUUAACUUUUAAUACAUAGGGGUCCUUUUUAGCAAUAGUGCAGAACAACCAGCCAAAGAGGGAUACAAACACUACUCAGUUUUGAGGGUUAAUGAAUCAACAAAGAAAAAAAUAUCAGUUCUCAAUUCUAAAUGAUAGUUCUCUUCCCUUUUUGUUUUAUAUACUUAAAUAAAGAUGCAGAAAAUAAUAGUAUGAAUGAAGGUGCCCAACUCUGUUUUAAGUGUCUUAGCUCCUGCUUUCAUUUGAAGCAACAUCACUGGUUUUGCACUAGUACCCUUUAAAAACUGGGAGAGCAAAGAAAUUGAAUUAACUCGCCUCUGGGAGUUGAGAGAAGUUCAGAAUGUUUUUUUCCAAAUAACACAUUAGUUCCACAGCUUUGAUAUAAAACUAAACGAUGGAUAACUUGUUUUGAUGUUGUAACACAUGGCCCCCAGUCAUCUGGACAUCUCUGUGCAUGAGUCAUCCCACUGAACUUAAUAGGGAACCUAAUGUGAUUAUAAUAAGCUACCUCUAGUGCAAAUCUAAGAGUAUAAUGUUUCAAAACGGGGAUCAAAAUGAAAGUUUGCAAAAGCUCGUCAUAUUUAAAAAACACACUAAAAGGGCUAAAAAAAAAAAUCAAGUAAAACCCACUGUUAAAAUUCUCACAUAAAGAAGGAAAAUCAUAGAAUCUUAGAAUGGCCUGGGUUGGAAAGGACCUUAAAGAACAACUUGUUCCAACCCCCCUGCUACAGACAGGGACACCUUCCACUAGACCAGGUUAUUCAGAGCUUCAUCCAACCUGGUCUUGAACACUUCCAAGGAUGAGGCAGCCACAGCUUCUCUAGGCAACCUGUGCCAGAGCCUCACCACCCUCACAGGGAAGAUUUUUUUUCCUAAUACCUAAUCUAAACCUACUCUCUUCUAGUUUGAAGCAGUUCCCCCUUGUCCUCUAAAAAGUCUCCAUCUUUCUCAUUGGCCACAAUGAGGUCACCCGAAGCUUCUCUUUUCCAGGCUGAAUAUACCCAUUCUCUCAGCCUUUGAAGUUGCUCAUCAGUUAUUGAAAUAAUUUUAUUUAUUGUUUAACUAGGAAGCAAAUGUAUCUAUAGAUUGAGGUUUAGAUUGUUUUUUAGUCCUUCAUGGCUAGGACUGUACUGUUGCAUAGCUGUUCUUUUGGGGUUAAGUGAGAUCCUAUUGUAAAUCAGCGAGAGUAUUGGGACUUUAUUUCUAAAUCUUUGAUAUGUUAUUUUUCAUGCAGGACAAGAAUAGAUUAUUAUUUAUUUUCAAGUUCUGAUACAUGAAUAGUAGAAAAAGCAUACCCUUUAUAUACACAGUAUAUACUUAGAAGGUUGUAAGAUUGUUCAGCAGUAAGGAACAUGUUUUCCUGUGCUUUUAAAGCUUCAGCAAGCUCUGGUCCAACCUGAGACUUUGCAAAACAGACUUGUCAUAGACUCUCAGAUUCCACAGUUAACAUACGUUAAGAGACAAAAGAUCUAUAGCUGGACUGUACAUGAGGGAAAACAGCAUUCAUUUUUUCCUUCUAAAACAGUUAAUUCUGUAAAUUCAGAUGGUAAUAUUAUACAAUACUCUGCACAGAGUGGGAGGUGCAGCAUACAUAUGCCCAAGUAUGUGGUACACUAUAAAAAGUGUAGGAGCCUCUGCAGUUCCUAUCUCACCGCUUAGCUGCAAAUGUAGCUUCUUCCUUGUUCAUUCCUCUCCAUCCCUCUCUCUGUCCUUUUACCCGCUCACACUUCUGCACGUUAGGAGGCCAUCUGGACCUUAAGUGUUGGUCUAGGAAAUAAAUACAGGCUCUUGCUAUUUA